GGGGGCUCUGCCUGCCCCAUGAUGUCACCAAGGGCUAUAACGGGCCAUGGGACACGGGGCACUGCAGGUGGGCACCACCUCAGCCUCUGCCACCCCAGCAGUGUUGGGAUCCCACCACUGGGACCCCGCAGGUCACUGGGGAAGCUCGUCCCCAGCCUGUGCUGGUGACCUGGAGUGGCAGGGAUGGUGCCAUGAGGUCCCUGGACGUGUUCACCAUGGGGGAGCUGGUUGCAGUCCUGAUCCUGGUGCUGCAGCUCAUCCUGGUCGCUGUCGUGCUGCGGGACAAGCGUCUCUGGAGGAUCCUGCAGAACUGGAGGUGUCCAAGGGCAGCGAGAGCCCAGCCGGAGGAGCAGAGCAGCGUGGACAGGGCGCAGGAAUGGGUGGACACGUCCCCUGGCAGCUCCCAACGAAGUUCCAUGAGCUACAGGAAGCAUUUCCCAAGGUUCAUCCAAAGCUCCCAGGACACCCAGGUGCUGUUUGAGGAGCAGCACAGGGAGCUGGAGGCACAGCUGGCCCAGUGGCAAUGGGAACAGGAGCCCUUCCUGGGGCUCCAGACUGAGAGGCCAGAGGAGCUGCCGGGACUGCUGGGGGGUGGGAAUUCUCCCCAGCACCUGCGAGUGCAGAGGCCAGACGUGGCCAGUGGAAGGGAGGAGGACAAUGACACGGCCAGUGGAAGGGAGGAGGACAAUGACAGGGCCAGUGGAAGGGAGGAGGACAAUGAGGCCAUGGGACGACACAGCAGCAGCCCCCCCGAGCUGGAGAGCAGCAGCUCCGCGGCCAUGGCCUGGUUCCUCCCCAGGGAAGUGGUGAUCACCAAGUCCCUGGAGGCCGACAGCAGCAGCAGCAGCAGCAGCAGCAGCCUCCUGGAGCUGGCCCGCAGCAUCCCCAUGCCUGACCCGUGGUGGGGCCCAGCCAAGGCCCCCCCCCGGCAGCGGGUGCCCCCGGGCAGGGCUCGUGGCUGGGCACCACGGGCCUUCCUGGGCAAGCUCCGUGCCCGCCUGAGGGGAUUCCUGGGACCCUGGUGGAGCUGCCACAUCCCUGCCUGCCAGUGCCCCCACCACGUCCCUCCCUGCCAGUGCCCCCACCACGUCCCUCCCUGCCAGUGCCACCGCCACGUCCCUCCCUGCCAGUGCCACCGCCACGUCCGUCCCUCCCGGAGCCGCCUCCUCUGAUGUCCCAGUGCUGGUGGCAGUGCUGGGCCCAGAAGAGCAAAAGGUUUCAAUCCUGAGCCACCACGGCCUGUCCAAGCCACAGACAACAUCCUGGGUUGGUCAGGCAGGCCCUGACCCUCACAACCCCCCGUGGCUGGGCCUCAUCCCCUGGCACCUCAGGCUCGUCCUCACCCUUUGGCUCUACGUUCCCCCCAGCAACAAAUUAAAAGAACCCAGCCAAAGUAUUAUUUCUAAAAAUCAUUUUGCUUUCCUUUUACCUCCUUAGCCACAUGAAGUUCUAGUUGGGCUUUGGCCCUUCUCAUCUUCU